AGGAGGCGCUCUCCUCUCGAAUUUGUACAGGUCGGUCUCUCUUCGUGACAUCGGUCAUGGCUCAAAGAAUCAUCUGCGUCUGAGGCUCAGUGCGCACAGCGGGCAUCGCUUCAUCUGUGUACAGGCACUAGCCCUGUAUCCAAUCAGCUGAUCCUUGCAGAAUCACCUACGGAAGGCGACCAACGUGUCGCGUUGCCGUGUGAGUCUGCUCGCAGCGUCGAUCGUCAUCCGGCUCUACGAAAUCGUAGAAGAGAUUUACCUCUAAACGGCCCCAGCUGAAUUCCCGGUGGAGGGCGCAGAAACCUCAGAAGUGCUUCCUCCGACCCCAGUGCCCUGUAAAUGAAGGUGUUCGCCGCAGCCCGUUGUCGGAAAAUCAUCAGUGUACUUCAGCGCGGGAAACCCCGGGUCUCGGACGCGGAGAGAAACUCCGCGUAGGGCUCUGGCGAUACUCUGAUGUGCGGACGUCCUCCGGGGAGUUAAGGACGCCACCGUACACGUUGGAACUCAAAUGGAUCUCUCUGGAACCUUGAACGUCCAAUAGGGAACUGAUCGGUGGAAUUCGGAGCCAUGAGCCGCAACGGCGGAGCUCUACUCCUCUUCACGGGUUUCGUCGUUUGCAUUCUGCUGAUGUCGAUAGGGGAUCAAAGAAGUCGACAAGUUCAGGCAGAGCCAAGUUCCGCUGCCCCGAAGAACGGGCAUACCGUCUUCCCCGAUGAUCGAUACCGGAGGCUACAUCACUUCGUUCAGGUCACCGAUCUUCACGUAAGCAUGUACCGAGAUUCUGAUCGACUGAAAGACUUCUCAAAUUUCAUAGAAGAGACGCUCCUCCAAGUCAUCAAGCCCCCAGUGGUCAUCAUGUCAGGUGACAUCGUCGACUCUCUGGGCGCUUCGUUCAUGUCGUCAGAGCAGAAUCUCAAAGAAUGGCUCGCUUAUCGGAAAAUUCUAGACGACACCAAGGUGACGGAGAAAAUCACUUGGCUGGAUAUCCGCGGAAAUCAUGAUAACCUCAACCUCGAAUCUGUGACCGCGGAGAACAACUACUAUCGGAAGUACAGCGUGCGCGGUCCGCAGAACAAUUACUCGUACAAAUAUAUUUACGACAAAGACGACGAAAAAAUCGCGUUCGUGGGCGUAGACACCUGCAUGGAUCCCGGUUCUCGACGACCGUUCAACUUUUUCGGUCAUCUCACCAGGGAGAGAUUCGAUGAAGUAAUGCGGCUGAAGGAGGAAACUUCGGCGACCAAUUACACGAUAUGGUUCGGUCAUCAUCCGUCCAGCGUCGUUUUUGGCCGGAGCAAACAGGGAUUGUCUUUCAGAGAUGUUUUUGCGAACUCGGGACCGUAUCUCUGCGGACACUACCACACGGUUUUCAACGUCGCAAACGAAAUGUAUUACAUGCAUACCGGCAAUGCGUUGGAGUUGGAACUCGGGGACUUCAAGAAGAACCGGAAAUAUCGCAUCCUUUCAUAUGACAACGGCUUGUUGAAUUUCGUUGACGUUCGGUUCGGGAAAUUCCCCGUCAUUCUGGUCACUAACCCGAAGAACGCGCUGUAUCAUAUGCCCGAGUACGAGCCUCUCUACAGAAUAGCUCAAUCAACACACAUCCGAGUUUUGGUUUUCUCCGACGAAGCAGACAUGGACGUGAAAGUCAAGUUAAACGAUGAAGAGGAACAAUUCCUCACCCGAGUGGACAAGACUCCGCUCUUCAUAUUCAAGUGGAAUUCGUCAAAGUACGCGCACGGAUUGCAUCGAAUCCAAGUCGCUGCAGAAGAUGGUCAGGGCCGGAAGAAUUCUGUCUCGUUCCAGUUCAGCGUAGACGGCUCUCGUCCGAGUUUCAAUCUUAUUCCGAGAAUAGUGCUCAGCUUAGGUCGAGACUCUUUCAUAUUUGGAUACGCAAUCCUCACAGUUAUUAGCCUGGGUCCUCUCGUCUUCCUACGUUACCGCUACGGUGCAAAAAUAGGUCGAUUAUUAUCUCGUGAAGGGAGCUCCCAGUGGCGAUCUCGACUCAUGUUCCAGCUGGCACUGCUAGCAUCUAUCGACAGACUGCUCUUCCCACUGAUCAUAUUCCCAUUCUACGUAGCUUUCGGUCCCUGGUUCGCAGGUUUCAUGGUAGCCAAGCAUCUCUCAAUCUGCUUCAUGUGGGGCUCUUAUGUCAAUGCCUCCUUUAUACCUGGGGGGAUUAUCCACAUGUACGCUGUUAUCCUCCUUUUCGUAUAUUUCCUUCCCUUCAUCGUUCUACUUUCUUCCCGAGUGCUCACAACAUAUGCACAACAUUUCCAACCUACUCUCUGUGAGGAUAGAGUUGUUAAAGCCCUCAGGACGCUGAGCCUGUUCUGCCUCGUAGUCUAUCAGCUCGUGUGGGCGUCUUGGUUCUGGUUCGCGUUCGGAUGGACCGCGGUCGUAUUCGGAUUCGUUCCCACCGGGGGUCUGAUCUUCACGGCGGUUCUGUGGAGAAUGGCGACUGUAUUACCUCGGAACAUAUUCUGCUUAACUCGGGAAGAUAAUCGAGCGAUUACGAAUUCUUCUCUCCUCACGGGCAGCACCGAAAACCCAGAAGCCGGAGAAGAUCAAUCACUUGUUACUUCCGAACAAGUGAAGCUCAAUCUGAAGGACAACUAG